AUGAAGGCGGUGCUGCAACGUGUCAAAUCUGCCUCUGUGACAGUUGAUGGCCAACUGGUCUCGUCAAUUGGCAAAGGUGUAUUAGUACUCGCUGGUGUAUCCAAAGAAGAUACGAUCAAAGACGCGCAGUCGUGCGCAGCAAAGCUGUUGAAAUUUAAGUUGUGGGAUGACGAAAAUGGGGGCAGGUGGAAGAAGAAUGUGACUGAGAUUUCGGGUGAAGUGUUAUGUGUUUCACAAUUUACUCUCCUCGCAUCCACGAAGAAAGGCAAUAAGCCGGACUUUCACAAGUCUGCCAGCGGUGACCAAGCGAAAGAGUUAUACACUGCAUUCUUCAAAGCAGUUCAAGACCUUUAUCAGUCCGAGCGAGUGAAAGAUGGCAUUUUUCAGGCUAUGAUGGAUGUAGCCCUCAUUAAUGAUGGUCCGGUAGGUUUGGAAUACCGCUGCGAGGACAGUGAGGUAACGAUUGAGAUCGAUACGGACCCUCCCAAGCUCGACUUACCGGGAGGAGGUGGGUCCACUCAAAGCACCUCUGUUGGCUUAGAUGACUUAGUUGGACAAUUCCAGAAACUCCAGAGGCAGUACGACCUCACCGAACUCUUGGCGUGA